GGUGUUGGGCGAGGCGGAGCCUCCCAGGGGCUGCCCCGCAAGGCCUGGGCGGGCGGGCACAGCUCAGACAGCGCCUGGGGGGAGUCUCUCGGCCUCUGCCCCGCUCCGCGGUCGGACACCGCCGUUACGGGGCUGAUGUCGGGCAUGACGGAUGGAUCCCGGCCGGGCUGAGACUUCUGCCUGCUACAGGCAACGUUAAGGACCGGCGCCCGAGCCGAACUCCAGCCCAGCACGACAAGGGGUAACCCGGGGAAGGACCCGGCGGAACCCCCGCCCCCUCCCCGCCGCUUCCUCCCGUCGGCCCCCAGCAGGUGACCCAGCCCCUCGCCCGAACCCAACAUGGCCACCGGCGAGCCCCUUCCCAGAUUGGGCAUCGUGCCCGAUUCCAAGAUGGUCGUCAACGGAGGCGAACCGGAGACAUCCUAGCGGUAAUCAUGCCCAAAACUCAGAGAAGGAAUCUGCCAAGUUCAUGUUGAGGUAUAUUCUCAAGACAAGAUACAGUGACUCAUAUGCUUUUCUGGAUAACAUAAUCCAUGGAUAAAGUGGGAAAGAUGUGGAACAAUUUCAAAUACAGGUGCCAGAAUCUCUUCAGCCAUGAAGGGGAAAGCCAAAAUGAAAAUGUGGUUGUGAACUCCAGUAGUUGCUCAUCUGCUAAAGAGAAAGCUAUCCAGAUAACUGAUUUGGCUCAACAACAGCCCAGCAGCCCUUUGAGAGAAAAUCUUGCUUUGCAAUUAGGUUUAAGUCCUUCAAAGAAUUCGUCAAGACGGAACCAAAAUUGUGUCACGGAAAUUCCUCAGAUUGUUGAAAUCAGCAUUGAGAAGGAGAACGACUCGUGUGUCACCACAGGAGCCAGGCUUGCUCGAAGGGACUCCUAUUCUCGGCAUGCUCCUUGGGGUGGGAAGAAGAAGCAUUCCUGCUCUACCAAAACCCAGAGCUCCUUAGAUACUGAAAAAAGAUUUGGUAGAACACGAAGUGGUUUGCAGAGGAGGGAGCGGAGGUAUGGGGUGAGCUCUGUCCACGACAUGGAUGCGGUAUCCAACAGGACAGUAGGCAGCCGUUCUCUGCGGCAGCGCCUACAGGAUACUGUGGGACUGUGUUUUCCCAUGAGAACUUACAGCAAACAGUCCAAACCUCUGUUUUCUAACAAAAGAAAGAUCCAUCUCUCAGAACUCAUGCUUGAGAAAUGCCCUUUCCCUGCAGGCUCAGACCUGGCUCAGAAGUGGCAUCUCAUCAAACAACACACAGCACCCGUGAGCCCGCAUUCAACCUUUUUUGACACCUUUGAUCCUUCCUUGGUUUCCACAGAAGAUGAAGAAGACAGGCUCAGAGAAAGACGUAGACUUAGUAUUGAAGAAGGGGUUGAUCCCCCUCCCAAUGCCCAAAUACAUACUUUUGAAGCUACAGCACAGGUUAAUCCAUUGUAUAAACUGGGACCAAAGUUAGCCCCUGGUAUGACCGAGCUGACCGGGGACAAAAACUUAACACCUCCAGGAAACUGUGACUCUGAAGAGGACACAACCACACUUUGUCUGCAGUCACGCAGGCAGAAGCAGCGUCAGGUGUCUGGAGAGAGCCACAGCCAUAUCAGCAGGCAAGGGGCUUGGAAAGUUCACACUCAAAUUGAUUACAUCCAUUGCCUCGUGCCGGACUUACUUCAGAUCACAGGUAACCCGUGUUACUGGGGUGUGAUGGACCGCUAUGAAGCAGAAGCACUGCUGGAGGGUAAGCCUGAAGGCACUUUUUUGCUCAGGGAUUCUGCACAAGAGGACUACCUCUUCUCUGUGAGCUUCCGUCGCUACAACCGAUCGCUGCACGCACGCAUCGAGCAGUGGAAUCACAACUUCAGUUUCGAUGCCCACGAUCCCUGCGUAUUUCACUCCUCCACUGUUACAGGGCUUCUGGAGCACUACAAAGACCCCAGCUCUUGCAUGUUUUUUGAACCCUUACUUACUGUGUCUCUGAACAGGACUUUCCCCUUUAGUCUGCAGUAUAUCUGCCGGGCAGUAAUCUGCAGGUGCACUACCUAUGAUGGAAUUGAUGACCUUCCCCUACCCUCGAUGUUGCAAGACUUUCUAAAGGAGUAUCACUAUAAACAAAAAGUCAGGGUGCGAUGGCUGGAGCGGGAACCUAUAAAAACAAAGUGAAUGGAAAUCAGAAUAAGCUUCUAGAAUAUGCUUUUUUGUGUAUGUUACAGUUUAACUGCAGUGAGUGCACCAACAACGUCUGGCUUUUCUGCAAUAUCCUAUUUAAGCUGAGUGUUAGUAUCCUGUCAGAUGCUGCCUGCUGUUAAUCAAGCUAAGUUGUGAUGCCUCUUGGAAACAAUAAGCAGACACAAUUCUGCACGUUUUUCAUUAAAGCCUAAUGAAAAUAUUUUUGCUAAUUUCUAAAUAUUUUGUUUCCCUUUUAUAGCUGUAGUAAUUGGAUGAAGAAACUAUGAGGCAUUUUCCAUGGGGCAUUCAUGUAUCGCUAAUAAAAGGCUUUAUUAGAGGAGUAUUUUGCUAAUAUCUGAAGUAUUUUUUUUAAAUUAUCUUCUUGAAAACUUUCCACUACUCAAAGUACUGAUUUAGCUGAUAAACAAGAUUCCAAAUACUAAUGAAUAAGAGUAAUUUCUUUUAAUGAAGAGCAGUUCAUUAGAAGCAGUCCAUUAAGAGUUAAUGGUGUUUUGAUCCUAACAGAUGAAUCAUGCUUUUCUCAGUGUAUAAGGUUUCCUAAUCAUUAAGACUUGAAUAUGCCUGCUCAGUACUGUAAUACUAUUUUAAACACUUGGAGAUUUAAGUGGCAUUGUUAGCGAAGGUGAUACUGUCUCUGACAGCAAAAUACCUUCCAGUGUGAAUUACUGAUUGUGUGGCAGUACACAGCUUAGAUUAUUGCCAUGGAACAAAAGGUUGCUUUUUUUUUUCUAAAACAGUUUGGUGACCUGACUGCUAGUAACUUACAAUGGAAGGCUGCAGUGAAGGGAAAAAAUGUUUCAUUAUUUAAAGUUGUCUGAUAUUUUUAUGGAGAAAAUUAUGAGUCGUUGAAUUAUUAGAAUACAAAAUCUGACAUAUUUGAAAUAAAUGUCAGGUUUCAAUGGUACUCUUACACUUCAUUUGUAAAUAUCUUUCCAUUUGCGCUUUCAAAAAUGUUUUAAAGUAAUAUGCACUGAUUAUAGUUUCAACAGAUUACUUGGAAACAAGAUUCUGAGUUCUGUUUGCUUAUUUAAUUGGAGAUGGAACUUGAAAUAGUUCUGUCAUAGGCAAUUUUGCACUAAAAUUUUGUUGGAAUGCCCUGACCUGUUUAAUGUUUUGUACCAAUGAUGAGUGCUCCCUAGUUUCUUUACCAGCUGCUACAGUAUGUUGUUACUUACUUCUCUAUGGCAGUGACCUGUGCGAGGUAGGGAACAUUUUGGCAGCAAGUACAAUAAGCAUUGUUCUUGUGCACUACACUAACCCCUCUAUUGAUGUAUUUUUCUGCUUGCUGUGCCUUGUUCUGGCUUUUUUGUGCUAAUAAAGUACAGUAUGUUCAGUGUUAUACUUGUAUAUCUGCUCUGUUUCUAUAUAUUCACGUAACUUGUAGCACUUAAUGGAGUUUUUCAUAGGCUUUUCUUUUAGUACUCCGUACAGGUAAUGCACAACUACUGUGCAGUUGGGUAUUGGUUGGUCAGCACACAGUAUUCCUUUUUUUUGUUACAUGCUUAUCAGAAACUUAACAGUGUACACCAUUGGAUAAUGUUUCUGUGGUCACCACAAAGUAAUGGACUUGUCUGCAGGCAUAGAACAUUUUACAGUUUUUGUAACGUAAAGGAUAAAUGUUAAGCAGAAACAUUUUUGAUCCCCUGCAAUGGUUGCUGGAGGCAUUUCAGCUUGUUAUAUAGCUAACUGCUAAGCUUCAUGUUUUGAUACCCCCCAUUGAGUAGGAAUGGUUAUUCUUGUAAAUUGACAGUACAGCAGUGGCAUUUGUUCACUUUUACACUAUUUUAAUAGAAGAAGUACAGACAAACUGGCCAAAUGCCCUGUUUUUACCAAAGAAUACUGUCAAUUUAUGUUGGAGUAUUUUUUUAGCAAAAAAACUUAAGAGUGGAGAGGUGCAACUUCUAUCAAGUAUUUAUCCCAAGCUAUGAUAAACCAAAGUAUUUUGACAGCUUCAUCUGAACCUAACUAAUGUAUACGUUUAUGUUGGUAGAGCGUAAAACUUUUACAUCAAUGGUGGUGUCAUUUUUCUUGAACUCGCAAUGCACCUGAAGGGGAAUGAUUUAAAUAUUUUUGUAAUGACUGGAACAGCACUACAUAGAGGCUCAUACUGCAAGGGAUUAAUCUGAAGCACCCAGAAAGCACUUUAAAAUGUGUUUAUAUGCUUGUGGAAAAAUUGUGCUCUGGUUAUGCAUUCUUUGUAGUAGCUUAUUUUCUUUUGUGUGUUAAAAGACUUCAGCUGUUAAAAUGGAACUUUGUUUAGAAUAUGUAAAUAAUACUAAUUUUAUGUAAGUAUGAGUACAAAUGUGCUAAUGGUCACUUAAGUUUUGAAUUGUGUGUGUGUGUGUGUGUCAUUGGAUAUGCAAUUCCUGGUUUAAAAUCUGCUCUUAAGCAUAAAAAGAGGAAAAAACCAUCACCAGCAUGAAAUUGCACCCAAGUGUACCUUCACUGUGUUGUUCUCACUGUUCCCUCAGUUGGAUUUGGAUUCCAGAUGAGUUUACUCAGUGUCAGUCAAUCUGCAUCCAGGCUUUGUCCCAGUGUAGGGGCCUGCUUUUUGUUUACACCUGUUGCAGUUGCUUGUCAGAAACCUAGCCGAUGAGAUUCUAGCUGUGACAUUAUCAAUGUGCUUCAGGAAUACACUUUUUUUUUUUUUUUUUUUUUUUUUUUUAAUUAUCUUGUGGGUGGAUUCUUGGGAGAAAAAAAUAACACACCUCCCCCCCCCCCCCCCAAGCCCUUAUCUCAAAGUUAGCUCUUGCAUUUGUGUAAAUAGCCUUUAUGGAGAAAUUUAUUGCUCCCUUAAAACAGGCAAAAAUGGAAUGAUCUAUUUCUCUAGAACUUUUAAAAAUCAUUGCUUCACUGAAAUGAACAGAAUAACUUGCUAGUGUGAUUAUGCUAAAAAUAAUCACUUUUAAAAUUAUAGUAGACUUGAGCACUGACUACUCAAGUUGCAGUGUAUUUCUUAAUGAAGACAUUUUCAGUUCUAAAAGCACUAAAAUGUUAGUAUGUUGAGGAUGCAAGUAGUGAAUUCCUCAUUUCUGUUUGAGGAAUGUGCUUUAACCUUCUGGUUUUGUUCAGAAAAUCUUAUAUGUGUCUUCUUCAACAGAUAUGCACAAACCACUGAUUAUUUUUUUAACAAUAGGAUACAAUGUAAUAAUGUCUGCUAGCCUGAUUCCAAUCUAAUUUGGUUACAUAACAGAUAAGUAUUUGAGCAUAGGUCUUGUAAGGUGUUUUUUUUGAGGAGAUUCUCAUUGCUACAGAAAGGGCUGUAGAGAGGGCUUACUUGAUCAGAUGGUUUUGCAAAAAGAAAUCUUAAAGAUCUUUGACCAUAUUUAAAAAGAACGAGGUGGUGGUGCUGUGUGGGAAUGAAGAUCUUUAAGCAGUUAGCACAACACAAUGGUUUUGUUGCGCAUAAAAACACACAUCAUUAUAUUUUAGAAAGUCAGCAACGGCUCCAGUUUACCAAGGUAUGGAAAUUAAAAUAAAUGUAAUUUCCGUAUGACAUGUUAUCUAACGUUGGAAAAUUAUUUGUGUAAAUAAAGCAAUCUAAUUAUUGCAUUGACA